AUGGCACCACGACGCGGCGGCGGAUCUCACGGCGGCGGCUCCGGCUCCGGCAGCGGCUCCGGCCUGGGCUGCACCGGGUGCGACACUCCGAUGAGCGCCCAGUUCUUCGCCCUGUACGACACCGGCAGCCUCUACGGCAUGCUCGUCGUCAACGCCCUCCUCGCCGCCGCCCUCCUCCUCCCGCUCUACCUCAACCGCCGGCCGCUCGCCAAGACCGCCCUCCUCGCCACGCUGCUCUUCUUCGGUGGCUGCGUCUUCCAGUGCGUCCGCUGGGGUCUCGUCGUCCCGGACAACUGGGUGCCGCAUGGCUACCGCUUCGAGGGCUCCGUCAUCGUGCUCCUGCAGCGCCUCGGCUGGCCCACCCUGCUCGCCGCGCUGCUGCUGGCCAUGCGGCCCGGCAAGAUCCUCGGCGCCGCCGCCGGCUCUGGCGUGCUGCUGCUGGCUGCGCUGAAUAUAGCGUACCUGGUGCUGGACUUUGUCAUUUCGGACGGCGCGGUCAAGGACUGGCUGGCGGGGGACAGUCUGGGUGGGAGCCCGUGGAGGCUGGGCGAUCGCGACUUUGGCGUGCUGUGGACGCGGCGCAUGGUGAAGCGGUUCACGGACCAGCCCGGGUACGCGGCGUACCCGACGACGUGGUCGCGCGACCAGGCGACCAUGUACCGCGCGUGGCUGCUCUACGUGCCGCCGGGGUCGGCCGCGUACCGCAACAGGGACGCGCAGAUCAAGGUCGGGAUCGCGGCCGACGUGGUGGCGCUGCUCGUCGUCCUCGCCCUCGGCGGCCUGCACGUCGUCACCUGGCACCGGCAAGGCAAGGCGGAGCUACCCAGACGAAGAAGCUUCCUGGCUGUCGCCGUGGCAGGCCUGCUGCUGUCGGCCACGUUCCGCGUCGUCGUCUCGGCGCGCUGGAUCCUGCACAACUGGCACGUCAUCACCGACGAGCAGCUGUGGGCGGACUGGCUCGCGUACUUUCCCGACACGAACACCAUGGCCGACUGGGUCCGCAUGCCGGCGACCUGGCUGCCGGGAUACCGGACGACGGUGGAGGCGUUCCCGGUGCUGCAGGUGGUGCUGGAGCAGAUCGGGCCGGUGGUCGCGUGCGUGCUGAUCGUACUGAGCAUGGCGGCGGAGCGACGGAGGGCCCGAGAAUUGCGGCACCAACAGGUUGGAGGCAUGAAGAUGCAGGGUCACUACAACUAA